UUUCUUCUUUUAUCCCCCAACCAAGAGUCUGUGUUAUUCCAUGAUAUGAGAAUUUUCAUUCGAAGUUUCAGCAACUCCUUCACAAAAUGGGCCAAAAAGCCUGUGUCUGGAGCAAAGCUCAAGAACUACUUGGGCCGUCCUUCCAACAAUCUUUCCCUGGGACUCGUGGGUUUGGCCAAUGUUGGCAAAAGCACGUUUUUCCAAGCUAUUACGAAGUCGACUUUGGGUAAUCCUGCCAACUAUCCGUUUGCUACCAUUGAACCUGAAAAGUCCUUGGUAGUCGUCCCUCUGAUAAAAUUGGAUCAUUAUCAAAAGUUGUUUGGAUCUGAAAAAAAGUUGUCCUCCAAUUUGACAAUUUGGGAUAUAGCAGGACUUACGAGAAAUGCCAGUAGUGGUGCUGGGCUUGGAAACAAGUUUCUUGCCGAUAUCCGUCAAGUGGACGGAAUAUUUCAGGUGGUCAGAGGAUUUAGAGAUGAUGAAAUAGUCCAUAUAGAGGACAACAAGGUCGAUCCGGUACGAGACUUGAUGAUUGUCAACGACGAAUUGAUCCUCAAGGACUUAGAAUUCAUUGAAGUAGGUAUAGAGAAAGUUAAUAAGUUGUUCAAGAGACCUAAUGCCAACAAAGCUGAGAUUGAACUUGAACUCAAGACCUUGGAAAAAAUUCAGGAUUUGCUCUACGAUGGCCAAAAGGUGAUUAACGAGCCUUGGAGUGCCGAAGAGAUUGACAUAAUUAACAGCUACAAUCUCUUGACAGCUAAGCCUACAGUAUAUUUAUUGAACGUGAACGAAGAAGAUUACAAGAGCCAGAGCAAUGAGUUCUUGAGCCAGAUCCAAGAAUGGAUGGAAGAAAACAGUCCUCAGGACGAGCUUGUGAUCUUCAGCGCUCAAUAUGAAACAAAAUUGAAUGAGUCGGGUAACCUGGAAGACAGUGCCAUUCCCAGAAUAGUGGAGCGUAUGAGAGAUGCCUUACAUUUGAUCUCAUUUUACACUUGUGGACCAAAAGAAGCCAGACAAUGGACUGUGAGAGUGGGAUCAACAGCACCAGAAGCAGCUGGAGUGAUCCAUACGGACUUACAAAAGACAUUCAUCAGUGCGUUGGUGUACAAGUGGGACGAUUUGAAGAGCGAAAAAGCUCCGUUUAACGAGGCAGGAUUGAAGAGCAGUGGGAAACAGCAUAGACAUGGAAAGAAAUAUGCUGUUGAGGAUGGUGAUGUUCUUCUUGUGAAGGCAGCAGGUGGCAAGACAAGGUAGAGAAGAGAGAGAGCAGAGAAAAUAAAGAGAGAAAGUUGGUGAAUUGGGAAUGUAGCAUUUGUUCAGAAUUUGAUCCGGAUAGAAUCUUCUGUGCUUUGUAAAUAGACUAAAACUUGUAAAUAGAAACCACCAGUGGGAGAUCAUAAAUGGAGUAGAAGUC